AUGUCGGCCCCGCUCAUCAAGGUCUUGCACCGAUUGCAAGAACUCUUCCACAAUGUAGUCACUGCGCUCGAAGCCAUGAUUCUGUUCCCGUCACUUUUCCGCGGCCUAUCGUGCAGGAAGCGCAAACCUUUCCUAGGGGCUCACUGGCGCCGACGGACGCUGGAUGAUUUUGCCGAGGAAGUCGAGACGCUGUUCACAUCCCCACUGUCGACCCCAAUCAUGCUUGAAAUGUCGGAGAAGAUUCGCGCACAAUUCCGCGUUUGCCUGCAGAAGAGUCCUGUCUGUAUGCUUCCGUCCUACAACCACGCGUUGCCCACCGGCUCCGAGACGGGCACGUUUCUGGCGCUGGAUGUGGGAGGGUCGACAUUUCGCGUGGCGCUGAUUGAAUUGCAUGGACGAGAUGCCGAGAUGCGCAUCGUAAAAGUGGCCUCGUGCUACAUUGACAAUACCGUCAAGCUUUUGGAAGGUACAAAAUUCUUCGACUGGAUGGCAGGUCACAUUGAAAAGAUGUUGAACGAUGUGGGCACGGACUAUGGUCGGGGCGAGACGAGUCUCCCAAUGGGACUAUCGUGGUCGUUCCCCAUUGAUCAGACCUCCAUGGGAAGCGGACUCAUGAUUCACAUGGGCAAGGGGUUCCACUGCUCGGAAGGCACCGUGGGACAGGAACUGGGUAGUUUGCUGAUUCAAUCGUGUCGGAAGCGGAAUCUCAACGUGUCAAUGGCGGCAAUUGUAAACGACAGUUCCGCAGCGCUCCUCUCGCGCGCCUAUGUGGACGCCAAGACUCGCAUGUCGUUGAUCCUUGGCACCGGCACGAACAUGGCUAUCCACUUUCCAGUGCAUGAAAUUGGCCGAAGCAAAUUCGGUGUGCGUCCGGAGGGCUGGUUCGACCAUGCUAAGCAUGUGAUUGUCAAUAGCGAGAUGAGCAUGUUUGGAGGUGGUGUGCUCCCCAUGACCCGAUGGGACGAUGUCCUCAAUCGUACCCACAUGCGCCCAGAUUACCAACCGCUAGAAUACAUGAUCACUGGACGCUAUCUUGGCGAAAUUGUGCGCCUCAUCAUUGUUGAGGCGGUCGAGACCGCGGGUCUGUUCGGCGGCGAGCUUCCACAUUCCAUGCGCGAGCCGUACUCCUUCGACACCAGCAUCGUGGCGUGCAUCGAGGAGGAUUCUUCCGUCUCCAUGUCCGCCUCCGCCGCUUUGCUUCAGAAACUGCACACGCUGCCGAGCUUCCCUCCUAUCGAGGAUCUACGAUUCCUCCGCCGUGUCUCACAGGUGGUCUCGCGACGGGCUGCCGCGUACUUGGCAACUGCUAUUCACAGCAUGUGGUGUCUACGCAACGAGGUUGAAUACCCUACGACGACAUCCUUGCCUGACGACCUAGUCAAGGGCACAUCCGAAGUCACGGUCGUGGAGAGCACUGAUGCGGAAAAGAACGUCUCCAUAGCCUGCGACGGUACCGUGAUCAACAAAUAUCCUGGCUUCCGCGACACUUGCCAGUCCUACUUGGACCAACUUUCAGAGCAGUCUCAUCAUACUUUUGGUUCAGCAAUCCGCCUGGAAGCUGCCCCGGAGAGUGCUAUCCUUGGUGCUGCAGUGGCUGUUGCUGUUGCCAUCGCAGACCAACCUGCGCAAAAUCUGUAA